CUUCAUCACAAUUGACAGCCGCUAGCUCACGGCGCGGACCGCAAUCGCUAUCGACACCAUGUUCUUCGAUCAAGACAGUUUUGGUCUUGGCUUUGCCGCGGGGCUCAUCACCGCCCUGGCCAUCGCUGGCAUCAUUGCUUUGGUGGUGAUGCGAAUGAGCGAUAUCUACGGCCUGGGACACUGGAAGCUCAACAUCACAACGCGACCACCAUCCAUGUGGAUGAACGUGGGAUACUGGAAAACCCAUACAGGCGAGCCAAUUGACACGCUCCCCGCGGCUGCCUCUGCACUGCUCGAGCAGGUUGUGAGCGCCGCCGGGCUGUCGGGUGAUGCACCUGGUAAAGCUAGUCCUCGCGGUUCCCUCGCCAUUCUAGAUCUGGGGUUCGGAUGUGGUGACCAGACUUGGCAGUUGGCGAGGACGGCUACGGAGCAGGGCUGGAGGGAUUUUCGCUAUGUUGGGCUUACGCUUAAUGAUGCGCAGGUCCAGACGUCGCGACGCAGGAUUUAUCGCGAGUUGUCUGAGGCGGGGACUGCAUUUGAUGCGGAGGCGUUCAGCCUCUUCCGCGCUGAUGCUGCGAAACCACAGACUUGGAGUCCCCAGAUCAGAGAGGCUGUUUAUUCACUGGCUGAUGAGAAGUAUACUGAGCGAUGGCUGCUUGCUCUCGACUGUAUCUACCAUUUCUCUCCGUCCCGAAAACCCGUUCUUUCACACGCCGCCAAAGAGCUCGACGCCAAUUACAUGGCAUUCGAUCUCCUUCUCAACGAGAAAGCCUCCACCAAGGACAUCUGGAGGGCUAGACUCAUCGGAAAAAUGAUGGGCUGCCCACUCAAAACCUUCCUCUCGGAGACAGAGUACAGAGAUCAACUGGUGGAGUGCGGGUAUGACCGCAACGAGAUCACGAUUAAGGAGAUCACAGACGAUGUCUUUUCAGGCCUGGUCAAAUUCCUCGAUCGCCAAGACAAAUUGUUAGCAGAAUACGGCAUCACAAUGGGCGGUUUUAAAUUAGCAGGGAGAUUGUUCAACUGGUUCGACAAGUCCCGCGUCGUAAGAGCCGUGGUCGUCGUCGCUCGCACCAAGAGCAAGACAGGGUAGGGAAAUAGCACCGUAAUCACAGUUACCCAAAAGUGAUAUUAAUUAAUUAGCAUUCCUCUUGUCAGAUCUUACUUUUGUGCAGUGCAUCCCACCUUAUUCUUAUUCUUGAUCCUGGCCCUAUAUCCGCGUGGGCUUCCGCGUCCCUCCCCUUGCUUUUUUGGACACGCAUGGUUUGCUUUACGAUUGCCAGUGUCGUUUUUGCUGGCCCCGCUCUCCCCGCUCGCUGUUCCUGAAUAUUGAAAAAUAACGUCGUUUUGUGGGCGAUUGGUAGUCUGUGUUUCACUAAACGGUCUGAUGGUCGAUGCGCGGACGGACCUUGGGAUCCCGGGAACCACGGCGCUGGAAUCGCGGACCCGCGGGUUAGGCUAUGAGCUGAAGUAAAACAGCCAGGGUGUUAGUUAGGGCCUUUCGCGAGUGAGGCGAAGAAUACAG